CGUUUAGUCCGCGCCGCGACCACUCAAAUGAUAUACGAUCGCGAAAGGUUCGACUCGAUCUAUCGGAACGAUUUUUCGCCCAACUGUCGACGAUCGUGCGCAUCUUUUUCUCGGGCUGAUCCGAUCGGUGACCCGCAUCGCGUAAAUAGAAAUCGAAACUUUGGGGUUAAGAGGUACCUUGUAAAUUAAUAGAGAAAGGCAACCAUUUUUUAUUUUCUUUUUGCUUCGAUCGUCGACAGGGUUUUAUACAACUUUAUACGUACAUGCAUACAUGUACUUAUUCGUGUCGCUAAAUAAUUAUACAUGUAAAGCUCACGACAUAGUAGCAAAAGGCGAACGCGACUUCGGGCCUAAAUGAGUUUGCGAAUCGUGUGAUCUAUAGAUCAGUGUUUCCCAAACUUGGAUCCGCGUAGAGGGGUCUUGCGUGUCGUUACGUUCGAUGAUAAUAAAAUACGCGUUGAUGAUACAACGGUGUCAAUGGACAACGCGAACAAUAACAAUUCCCCGUCCUCGUCGUAACGAGAUAUUCGUUUUAAUGUCAGUGCUCGCGCGUGGCUGUCUCUAAUGACGUAAUCUCGAGUCGGAAGCGAAUGCAUCGAUCGGCGAAAAAGUUUCAAACAUCGAACGAUUGGUCGACCAAGACAAAAGACAUGGAGCUCACGUUGUGCAUACUGCCGAUGCUGUACGCGAAGCUUAUAGCGAAUCAUUCGGGCACGAUGGGUUUGUUAAUUCAGAAUAUAAUGAAAUUCAUUUUCUACGUAUUGUCGUACCUGGCGUUGCCCUUCUACGCGAUACCACACUUGAAGAAACGGAAACUGUUACCACCGAUUCAGAACGACCUCCUUUUGUACUCGGCCACGGAGAUUGCUCGACGAAUUCGGGAAAAAGAAGUUAGCAGCCAGGAAGUGGUCAGAAUCUAUAUCGAGAGAUGCAAGGCCGUAAAUCCGAUAUUGAACGCGAUCGUGGAAUCGCGAUACGAGCUCGCCAUUCAAGAGGCGCGAACCGUCGAUGACUUUUUGGCGCGAACGAAGAAGAAGAAGGACGAAUUGGCGCGCGAUAUGCCUCUUCUCGGUGUGCCCGUGACCAUCAAGGAGAGCAUAGCCGUGAAAGGGAUGUCCUAUUCGGUCGGCGUGCUGGAAAAGAAUCCAGAAAAAGCUAAGGAGGAUGCCCUCGUGGUGAGCAUGAUACGCGAGGCAGGCGCUAUUAUUCUUCUGGUUAGCAACACGCCGGAAUUGUGCUUAUUCUGGGAAAGUAACAACAAAGUGACUGGUUCCACUUGGAACCCCUACGAUUCCAACAGAAUCGCUGGUGGUUCUUCGGGUGGCGAGGCAGCUCUUCUGGGCUCUGCUGCGUCCAUGGUGAGUCUUGUGUCAGAUGUUGCAGGCUCUGCGCGUUAUCCAGCCAUGUGUUGUGGAGUUUUUGGUCACAAACCUACAGCUUAUUUGGUGUCUUGCAAGGGCCACAAACCAAAUUCCAUGGACAAAGUUUGGAACGACUAUUUCACAUUGGGCGUGAUGACUAGAUACGCGGAGGAUCUACCCCUUAUGAUGAGUCUUAUAGCUCAAACAGAGGAGGGCCGUCGUCUUUUUAAUAAAAAGGUAUCUAUGACGAGCCUCAAAUUCUUCUACUUGGAAGAUUGCUGUACCGCGACAAACAGUAUCAGCCGAGACGUAAAGGAAGCUAUUCAUAGGCUGAAGGCGUACAUUGAAUUAACAUAUGGCACCAAAGUGCAAAAAGCACCAUUGACAAACAUGAAAUAUGCAUUCACUAUGUCGAGUAAUCUACUGCUGGACAUGGAGGUGGACGAUGUUAAGAAGGAAUUCGACGGUUCGACUUUAUGGAAAAUCAUUGUGGAGUUCUUGAAGUACAUCUUCAUGUCGUCGCGGUACUCUAUGGGAUUGUUAUCAUACAUAAUGUUGAAAUGGGUGCACGGCAAAUUUCCACUGAGUCUUCGGGAAGCGAUGCUUGAAAAGAGAAUAUUAUUGAAGAAGCAGUUCGAGGAUGUUCUCGGCGAUAACGGAAUACUGAUUUUUCCUACUUUCAUAACACCGGCACAUUAUCGGUACCAAUCGUACAACAGGGUCGCUAAUUUCACUUACAUGAUGAUUUACAACGUGUUGGGACUGCCCGUGACUCAAUGUCCAAUGGGACUGACCGACAGCGGUUUGCCCGUUGGCCUUCAAAUCGUAGCAAAUUCAGGGAACGACCACCUGACCAUCGCCGUAGCAAAAGAGAUCGAGAAAACGUUCGGUGGCUGGCAGCAACCACCUACCGCCAAAGUCUACUCCAACAAAAUUUGAUGAUCCCCACGCUGCACGAUAGAAAUUCAAAUCAUGUAACCUCGAACAAUUGUACGACGCGUUCCGUGCACUCAACGAUGCGAAAAUAAUCGCGAGCGUUUCAUUCUUGGUUGAAUCGAUUCGAAUAAUCAUCGAUCAUAACUGUAAAGAAAGAGGAAUCUUUCGCUUUUUAUGCUCGACGAGCAAUCACGGUACAUGUUUUAGUGCUCUGUACAGUACUCUGUGAGUAUUUAUACUAUACAUAUAAUUCCAAAGAAAAAAAGAAAAUGUCUUUCUUUGUUGAACAUGAACGAAGCUCUGGAUAGAAGCUCUAGUUAUUGUAUAGUGGAAAAAAAUGUUACGAAUGAUGCUAUAGCAGAUGCGAAAAAAACUAUUUUUAUGUAAGUUGUAAGAUGUAUUUAUAUCGUUAGGGAGCGUUGUUAGUUGCGAGUGUGCGUGCGACUGAAUAAUGAUACGUAAAUGUUUUCAUGUCUGGUUCUACACGUGUCGAGAAGAAGAUGACGAAAUUCUGACCAAUAAGAGCGAGCUUCGUUCUUUCCAUGGGCGUGUAAAUUCACAACCUCUGCGAGGGUUUAUUAAAAAAUACAAUUAUGGAAUAAAGGAAGGAAUUGUUUGAAGAAGUGGCCGAGAGUAAACCAGUGUCGAGCAAGAAUUGUUUCUCAAAACUUAUAUUGUUUCUGUAACGGUACACUACAUCGCGGAAAGAUCCACAGGCAAGAGAAAGAGGUAGCGACUCAUUGUCUAAAAAUACGUGAAUCUGUAGAAUGAACACUUGACGUAAAAAACUGUCGUUGCGAUAACGUUUAGCUCUGGAAGUGAGUCGGAGAUUGCUAUGAAACAAAAUCUAAACAUUGAUCGACCAAUUUUUGUGCAUUAAUUAAUCGAAAUUCGAGUUGCUGUAACUUUGUGAGAAAACACCGAACGACAGUCGAUUUGGGCUCAUUUUAAAAGCUUGAAAUACAUAUACCGAGAAGGCUUAGCGUUGUUUUAGAGACAAGAAGGAGCCCCGAUAGAGUAUUAACGCAUCGUAACGUAAUCUGUAACCUUGAACAAUGGAAUCUAUGAUAAAUAUUGCGAAACGUUAACAUUUGCAGCACCUUUUCAACUUGUGACAUUAAAAUUCUAGGCAUAAUGUAACGUGAAUGUUAACUAAAAUAUUUCUCUUUAACGGAUACAGGUUUCGACGCGUAAAAACCGUUGACGCAAUAACCGUGACGGUAUUUACAUUAAAGACAGAGACUCGUCGUCGAAUUGUUUGUUCGUUGGAAAACAUUCGACAAAUAGAAACUAAAUAAAUGUACGUUAACGUUCUAUCGGGCCUUCUUGUUCUUCUCUCAAAACAAACGUUUUCACAUUUUUCUAUCUCCGGUAAGUUUCCUCUCCCGGUCAGGAAUUUCGUGAAGUUGUAUAGUCGAUAUUUUAAGUUGGUCUACUUUCGGGAUACGUUCUAAAUUAAAUCGCGAUCCGUGACGCGGUGGCAAACACAAAUAAGUUUUAUUUACACGUUAUAAUUCUUCUGUAGUAUUUGGACACGUUGAGCGAAGGCACGAUGAUGGAUAGUCUGUUCCCUGGUGUGUUUCAUGCGGUCCAAAUAAAGCGUUGCAAGCUUUUUUUUAUAAAUUAAAUUACCCACGGGGUGGCAGUGGUCUUUCAAUCUGAAAUUGAUUACUUUUUAUUGUCAUUUGGAUGUCAGUUGUCGAAAUUGAAAAAUAUUUGUUUAAUGGUUUGUAAGUAAACGUAAAUCCACCC